CGUGCAGUUUGGAUGGGGUAGUAUGGGUGCAGUAGCUCGUGGUUCCUCUGGUGAGUUGCUGGCAGCUUUUGUGUGUAAAGGGCCAGAGGUUAUUGAAGCUGAAAUUGCUGAGGCACUGUUCUCUCAUAUUGUAAACAACGUAUGUCCUCCUUUUUGUUCUGCAAAACCGGCAUCCUUGCGUGUUUCUGCUCUUCUUUUCUCCCCUGCAGCUCCCGAAUUUCCCCCAAGCAAGCCGCCGGCACCAGCCUUGAGGAAACCGGUAGGAAGCUUGGAUUUCUCCUUAUUUUCUUGUUCUAGAACUGAAAAGGGAACCCAGAAACCUUCUCCCCCUGCUGGAAAUCCGGAUCUGCUGCUGCUCUGCUCCUCACCGCCGGCUGUUCCUUGCUUGUGGGUGCGAAUUGCCUUGAUUUUCUGUUCCGUGAGUUUCUCCCCUGCAAUUCCCGCCGGCUCCUCCCCCAGCCAAGCUCGGUUUCUGCAGCUGGAAAUUCUGGUAUGGACAGCCUUUUAAGCCUAGAAUUGUCCAUUUAUUUGCUGCCCUGUAUUGUCCGAAAAUUCUGUUGAAAAUGGGGGAAAUUUGAUAGCUUUAGGACCAUGAUUUAGCUUAAUUGAAGUGGAAUUUAUAUGAUUGAGUGUUAAUGGAUUGCUGUGUGAUUGUUGGAGAGAAAACCCGUGAAUUAGCUAGUGGUUUGGCCAAUUUUGGAGAGUCCAGUUACUGUUCACGUCGUGGUACUGUUCAUGGGUACUGUUCACGACACUGUUCACAGAACACUGUUCACACCCCGAGGGCCAAUAAUUAACGGGGAUUUAAAUGAUUAGUUUGUGAUAUAAGAACAAAUUUGGAGAUAUCUGAUUAUGUGGAGAUUGAUAGAAAUAGUAUUGUGAUUAAGAGUGAUCGUAAUGAUGAUUUCAGCUUGAAUUUGUGAUAAUCUGGUAUUAAUUCUGAGGUGUUUUGAUUAGGUUCCCGAUUGUUCUGUCAGUUAGUGCGUGAAUUGAGUGCUCGGUUUUAUGCGAGUGAGGUAAGUAAAUUUAUGGUAAUGCC